GGCCCACUUCUGCGUCUGGAUGUCUUCCCGUGUGUCUCCCGUGUCUCCAAUGUGGCAAAUGUGUCAGAAAUUUACAAUAUCUCUAGAAUUUUCGAACAAAAAUGAGUAGCCACAAGAGAGACAAGAAGUCCGACAGGAAUUCCAAGCCGAAUGAAAGGCCUAAUAACCACCUAGUGUCCGGACUUGAAGAUUUAAGAGUAAAAGUGCUAGAUAAAAAUAAGGGAAAUGUCAGUAAUCCUGAAGUGGAAAACCCUGGCACGCACAAGGUGGAAAUGCAAACAUUACGCCUUGCCAAGAAUCUAGAAAAUCAAAUGCUAGACACUCUUCGACAACUUUAUGGAGAAAACUUUAUAUUAAGAAAGCAGUCCGAUUAUAGAGAUAGAGGCUCGAAUUUAGCUCGACAUUACUGGAUGGAUAGUGGUGGACUUCGUGUACUAGGUGGAACAGAUUACUCUCAAAAAAACCGCAAAAAGACCUUUGCUGAACAAAAUUCUUUUGCUAUAAGUAAACUUAAAGGGUAUGGUUUCCAUGAAACCCAUUGUAUUGAAACUCUCCAAGCUACUAAUGGAGAUUUAGGAGCAAGCUUAGAACUCCUCAUUGCUUAUUAUUUUCGAUUGCCUCUUCCCAACACAUCAAAGGUAGAAAGCAUUCCUGAUGAUAUUCUUGAGCAACGCUCUGAUGAAAAGGCAUCACUUGAAUCAAUUUAUGAAAAAGCCUUUGAAGAAAGGUUACCAAACCGAGUAUGGGCAGCAAAGUUGGAUCUUCCAUACCUUCUUGGUCGCUGUUCAGUACCUCUCCAGCAGAAAAAAAUUCCUGUAAGUGGCAAUAGAAACCACAAUGCACGAGGAAGCAAGAAAGACAAGUCUAAAGAGCUUUGCAACUUUAUUGCUGCUGGAAAACCAUGCAAAUUUGGAGAUAAAUGUAGAUUUUCCCAUCAAUUGACAACUCUUAAGGAAAAUAAUGAACCAGUUGAAUCAGAAGACAAACAGUUCACACUUGAAAUCAGAUUUCCACCUGGUUCUAAGUACCCAUCAGAGCCACCUUUGCUCUGUUUUAGCACACCAUACCAUUACUUCCCUCCAGCUCUCUGUCUUCGUAUUACAAGCAGGUUGAUAGCUGAAGCAAAAGACUGUGCUGAACAGGGUUUUCCUUCCAUAUACACACUAAUAGACCUACUGCAAAACCAGCAAAGUGAAAUUUUGGAGCACUUGAAUAAGAUUGGAGAAGCUUUUCCCGACCCAGAGCUGCCUCUGAUGGCCUCAAAUGUGGUAUCUGAAGAGGAAAGUGACUGUGAUACAGAAUAUGAUGAGGAGACUUCAGAUAAAAAUGCUCCUGUCCGAAGACAGCGUAAAACUUCGGCUAAUUUGGUAGAGCGGCAAAAGCAAGAUGAUCGAUUGGCAAAGUCCUUCCUAGAAAAGAGGCAGAAUGAUGCUUAUACAAAAAGUUUAAAAGAGCGCAAACUUCUACCAGCUUGGAAAAAAGGCCAAGAAAUUUUAGAUGCUGUCCGAAAUUUUCAGGUGGUUGUCAUUUGUGGAGAAACUGGAUGUGGAAAAAGUACACAGGUGCCACAAUUUCUGUUGGAUGAUUGGCUCCUGAAUCACUCAAUGGAAAAGCAGAAAACUUGUGAAAUCAUUUGUACUCAACCAAGAAGAUUGUCAGCCAUAGGAGUCGCUGAACGAGUGGCUGAAGAGCGGGCCGAAAAAAUUGGGUUAUCUGUUGGUUAUCAGAUCCGCUUGGAAAGCAAAAUGUCAUCUCAAACACGUCUUCUCUUCUGCACCACUGGAAUUCUUUUAAGGAGGUUGGAAAAUGACCCUGAACUGAGGUCUGUUUCACAUAUUGUUGUUGAUGAGGUCCAUGAACGCAGUGAGGAGAGUGAUUUUUUGCUAUUUAUUCUUCGAGAGCUUUUACCCAAGCGGCCUGAUCUUCGUGUCAUUUUGAUGAGUGCCACUAUUAAUGCAGAUUUAUUUUCUGCUUACUUCAACAAUAUACCUGUUGUAGAAAUACCUGGGCGAACAUUUCCUGUUCAUCAGGUCUUUCUAGAUGAAGUUUUGGAGAAAACAAAUUAUGUUUUGGAGGAAGACUCGAGAUUUGCUCGAAAAAUCAAAGAAAAGAAGCGGAAUUUCCAAGAUUUUGAUGCGAACUCUCUUGAAUGUGAACUGAGCACUGCCGAUGUGCUGACCCAAAAUGCAUCAGCUCCUAAAGAUUGUGUGAGGGAUGAGAUGUUGUCUUUACCCCAUCUUUUGGCCCGUUAUAGUGGAUGCAGCAUGUCUGCAGUCAAGACAUUGUACCUGAUGGAUCCAGAAAAGGUUAAUUAUGAUCUUAUUGAAGCUGUAGUCACAUACAUUGCUAAUGGUGACCAUGACUACCCUAGAAAAGGAUCUAUAUUGGUUUUUUUACCUGGUAUUGCUGAAAUCAGAACACUCUACAAUCAAUUAAAUGACAAUCCUGUACUCAGUCCUCGCCUUGGAAACUUUGUUCUUGUCCCACUUCAUUCAACUUUGACAUCAGAGGAGCAGGCUGCUGUAUUUAGAAAACCGAAAGGAGGGGCCAGAAAAAUUGUAUUAUCAACAAAUAUUGCUGAAACAUCAAUUACUAUUGAUGACUGUGUAUUUGUUGUUGAUGCUGGACGAAUGAAAGAAAAGAGAUUUGACUCAAACAAAAACAUGGAGAGUCUUGAGUUGGCAUGGGUGUCCCGAGCAAAUGCUGCUCAGAGACGUGGGCGAGCUGGACGAGUCAUGCCCGGCGUUUGUUUUCAUCUCUACACGAAAUAUCGUCAUGACUUUAAUUUUCUUGCUCAGCCUAUUCCUGAAUUGCUUAGAAUACCACUAGAGCAACUAAUACUCAGGAUGAAGGUUCUCCGUAACUUCUGUGAUAGAAGUAGUCAUGAAAUAUUUGGUGGUAUGCUGGAGGCCCCUGAUGUUGAGAGUAUCAAUUCUGCCCUAUUGCGUUUACAAAAUAUUGGAGCCCUUGAUGAUAAGCAGGCUUUAACACCUCUUGGUUGUCACUUAGCCCAACUUCCUGUUGAUGUCAGGAUUGGAAAACUGAUGUUAUUUGGUGCCAUAUUCCGUUGUUUGGAUUCUGCUCUUACUAUUGCUGCUUGUUUGAGCUACAAAUCCCCCUUCUCAGCACCUUUUCAUAAACGAGAGGAUGCAGACGCCAAAAAAAAAGAAUUUGCUGUUGCAAACAGUGAUCAAUUAACAGCCCUCAAGGCCUAUACAACCUGGCUAAAAAAGAACCAGAUUAGCCGCCGUGCAGGUGAUGUAUUUGCUGAAGAGAAUUAUUUGUCAUGGCGUACAUUAGUGACCAUUGCUGAUAUGAAACAUCAGUUCUUGGAACUUUUGGCUGAUAUUGGCUUUGUUGCUGUUGGAUCAAGAAGAAGGAGGAGUGGAGAAGAUAGUGUUCUCCAAUUAAGUGGUAGCGAACUGAAUGAGCAUGCAGAUAAUCAUAAGCUGCUUGCUGCCGUGCUCUGUGCAGCAUUGUACCCUAAUAUUGUUAAAGUAAUGACUCCAGCGAAAACAUUUGCACCUAGUGUGGCUGGUUGUAUACCAAGACAACUUCGACCAGAUGAAAUAUCUUUUAAAACUAAACAAGAUGGCUAUGUUAAUCUUCACCCAUCAUCUGUUAACCACAGUGUUAACAACUUCUCUAGCCCAUAUCUUGUAUAUCAAGAAAAAGUUAAAACUUCUCGUGUUUUUGUGAGAGAUUGUUCUAUGGUGUCAUUAUUACCACUUGUUAUGUUCACGGGCAAAGAUGUGGUUGUGGAGUUGCAUUGCGGUACAACUGUACUUUCCUUGGAGGAGGGUUGGAUCCUUUUUUCUGUUGAAACGCACCAGAUUGCAGAAUUGAUCUGUCAUAUGAGACAGGAACUUGAUAGAAUUUUGCAAGACAAAAUUGCAGACCCCUCUUUAAAUCUGUUUACAAACCCAAAGAGAAGGAAAGUUAUAUCAACCAUUAUAACAUUGAUAACAGAAGGAUGAUAACUUAAAUUAGUGUUCACUGGCUUCCUCUUGUGAGUAAAAUUUUGUUUGCUCUAGUUUUGAGACUCUUCUGAGUUUAUUAUUGGCGUCUUCUGGUUACUAAAUGACAUUGAGAAACAGUUUGAAAUUUGUCACACUUUUAUUCACAAAAAUCAAGUACUUACAUUAUGUGAGACUAUUUAAUGAUUAACACUCAGUCAGUUGUUAAAAUUUUUAUCUAAUUUUAUUCUAAAAAUUCUGUUAAACAAAUUUAUCUAUUUUGAUGUAGGUACAGUAGUCUACUUCUAAGAAUAACAUAUAAUAAGAUUAUUUUGUGAUAAUUAUUUUUAUAUAAGGUUUGAUAUGAGUCCUCUCUGGUCUUGCGUUCAAAGCUUGUGAAACAUACAUACUAUUUUGGAAUUGCAUGUAAAUAUUUUAGAUUGUACCUAAGUCUUCCCUGCUUUUUGUUACUAUUAACCUACACAUACCUCCGGGAGGGAAGUUUAUGUAGGGUUGGUUCUGAUUUUUUGCAAGGUUAAUAGUUUAUGGUUCUUGAAGUAACUUAUUUUGUUCUCAAAUGAGAAAAAUAUUUUGUGAUCUAAUGUCAUGUCAAUCUAAAUUCAUCAAUUAGUAAGAGUUUGAUUCUUGACUAUGGUAUUUAACAGUACAUAAUUGUUGUUGCAAUGUUAGACUUCUGUUUAAGUUUACCAUGAUGAAGAGAGACCUACAUCAUGAAGUUUACUAACUGUGUCAUUUCUGUGUUCCACAUAUGUCUAUCUAAGUUGGUUGUGGUAUUCUUGGUUUUUGACACUGUAACAGAACACUUUAGUAGUUAACUAUUGUGUUGAACCAUGAGUCAGUUGUGUCAAUCAUUCAACCAGACCAAAUGUUGUUUAGAUUCUGGUAACUUUCCUCAUAAAUUGUUUUUCAGAUUUUUACCAGUUUCUGUAAUAAAAUCAAUGUUUCUGCA